AUACGAAGUUUACGUAGCUCUCGCGACUUCUGCGGCCGUGUUUUAUCUCGAAAAUUGUCCCGUAUGUUGUGAUAUAGUUAACAAAUGGCGUAAAUAAAUAGUGUUACAAUGUUUUGGCAUCGAGGAGGCUAGCUGUCAACGAACUAAGCUCGAAGAUCCUCCAUCUUUGGCAGCGGAAGUAGCGACGGAUGUACCGACGAUGGAUAACCCGUCAUACUUCGCGUUACCAGACAAAGAUGUCACUGAUAGUGCGGAGUUGCAGGGCGAGUCAUACUCCAGAUCGGCUCCCAGUCGUGUCUGGCCGGAUCCGGUCCGGACGGCCGGUCUGGGGUCGCCUCGUCGUCGCGAACCGGAGAGUCCGAGGAGGAAGGAGUUCCGAGCACUGCUGCGGUCGUUGUCGGCUAAGGAGCCAGAGCAAGCCGAGGCGUUUCUGAAAGGGGAGCCAAGGCCAGGAGACUGUGCGCCUGGUGACAUGAGGCACACGUUCACUGCUCCUCGGAUAAAGAAAGGCAAGAUAUGCGCAAAAGUGGUAACACCAGAAGGUACUCGCGAGCGCGAAGAGGUGUUCUAUACGAUACCCUUACAAGGGCGAAGGCGACACUCCGUUGGUGGAUACCUAGCAACUGGCGGCAAUGGAACUGGUGAAGUUACCUCUGUUCCCAGUGAAGUACCAAGAAUGCCAGCACCAAGAUUCACCAAAGAUGACGAAACUGUAAAGAGAAGGCGGCCAAAGAACUUUACCUUUAAAGAAAUGGAAGACAUAGCGAUACUAUGGAGCUCGGGGUCUCCUGAGAGUGCGCUUUGGUCCGACUACCUCGUAGCCAGCUUCGACAAGAUCAUGUCUCAAAGGGCAAGACAUCAUUACAGAGUAACACCAGUAACUGCAGAAGAACUGCUAUCAUCUGAUGCCAACGAUAAAUUGGACAAACUGACGAAAGCACAGCUACAAAUCAUCAUAAUGUGUCCGAUCCUGGCGACCAAAAUGGCCGACCUCAAACGGGACACCAACUGCGAAAACCUCUUUAAACCUGAUAAAAUAUUAGUAAUGCUUUUGGGAGUCGAGAGAAAUCAAAUAGUUACGAAUAAUUGCGAAGAUUAUCCGACAAUAGACCAAUGGCAAAUGAUGAUGGUGCGAGAGAAGGACACUUCAUUCGUGGACACUUUCCUCACAGCUGCCGUGGGGAUCCUCAGGACGAAGGACUGCAAAGACACGGCCACAGAUAGGACCAGCUUCUCCAUUGUACCGAAGAAGGUCAAAAUUGGUCAAAGCCGGGUGAUCGCACUUCUAAACGACCCCAUUAGAGAGGAAGACAGCAUUAAGAUAAUGGUUGACAAGAAAGGAGAGGUCAUCAAUAUACCUUCUUUCAAAAAAAGGAAUCCGUAUACGUUGCAGUUUGAUAUACCAGAAUCCUGCCUAGACGUGUCAAUGUUGGUGUGGGUCCGGGUGAGCAAGAACGGUCAGUCUCUCGGCCGCAGACAGAUCAAAUGCGAGAGCAGACUUAGAGAGUUAGACCAGCUGCUACGCGCAUCUGACCAUCCUCUCGAGUUCAUGUGUCAGACGCUUGGUUUCAAGACUACCAGUAAAGAGCAGCUAGACAGUUGGAUGUUGACAGCGUUUCAAAAGAACAUACCUCCGCACUUCAACCUGCUGGCUUCUAAUGAACAGUUUAAUCCUAAGGCUGACGUGUCCAGUGGUGAAGAGUACCCUACACUUCUUCACUGGGCGGCUCGGUUUGGCCUGGAGCGUGUGUGCUGGCAACUACUGGAGUGUCCCGGAGGAGGCGCUGCGGUAGCGCUUCGAAACGUGAGGCAUCGGACCCCGGCAGACCUCGCCAGGGACCACAAACACUUCCGAUUGGCUGAUAUGCUAGCCGAUCAUCUGAAAAUCAAUGAAUUCUCUAACAUGUAUUAUUAUUUAAAAAAUAUGUCGGAUGAUAAGGAGGAAAGUCAGGAAAGCGUUAAAGAACUUCGCAUUGUAGAAUCGGGAGAUACAGUCGAUUCUCCCGUUCAAGAAAAUGUCGAGAAGCCCGAAACAUCGACAGAUCCUUUCAGUGAAGCUUGUACACAAAAUCUAGAAGAAACCACAGAGACGCCUGUAGAUGAAAAGAAACAACGACCAACAUUAAAGUUACCAGUAGCCAAGGAACAGUUUUACCAAAAUGAGUUUCCAUUAAUUGAUGACACCGUAGGAAGAAUCCAACAAGCUAUAGAACAUGAUUAUUUAGUUCAGCCAUCGAACAUUAAAGUUGAAAGUCCCAAGUUCAGACCGAACAAUUUGUAUGCCAAUAGUUCUCGACUGAUGCCCCAGCAAACGGACAUAUGUUUAUACUCGCCCACCGAAGAAUCAAAGACUUUCAUAAUUGAUACCCCAACUAGUGAUAUAAGCCAAAUAAAUUUAAAUACCAAAGAAUCACGUUGCAGUGGCAGCGUCAAAAGCGGGAAAGAGAGUUGUCCAUUAACGGGGCAGGAGGAGUUAGCAGAAAUUAUAAAUGAUUUUAAAAAUAACGUAUUCACUAUAUCAGAAGUGGAGAAAUUGGUGAUGGAGUGGAGAAAUAGGAACGAAACGCAACAAUCGAUGAAAGAGAAACAGGAGCAAUUGAACAAAAUGAGGGAGGAGUACGACAAGAUUCAACAAAAAAUAAAAGACAACAUGAAACGACCUACACCCUUUGAAAGGGUGAAGAAGAUGUUUUCAAAGAGCAAAAGCAAACAUCAUCACGAAAACAAUAAUGGUACGAUUGAGAAGCGAAAUGGAAGUACGAGACCAAAUAGCAGUUUAAGCGAAAGUUCUUCAUCGUCUGGCCGUCUUAGCACUGUGAGCGGUGGCAGUGUGGCGGAGACUAACAGCGUACAAUCAGAGGUCGACGACAAAGCUAGGUCUAUUAUAUCGUCGAGCACCCUGACGAUGCACUCGUGUGACAGUGAAAAUCCCCUGGACGACUAUCUGAUCCCGCCUCCACCGCGCCCCGUCAACGGGUGUCCCCAGUUCACCACAUUUGGACACCCCAAACACGACAACAGGAGCACCCACAUGGCGACGAUAGUAGAACGUGAGACGUCAGCGUCGCGCGAGCGCCUCGACUGCGAGGAUGCGCACGCGCACGCGGCCACGCACCUGCGCAUGAACUUCCCGAGGGAACGCCCGCGCUGUGAUGAUCGAGAUGGGGCGCAUAUGUACAUGAAUAUAUCGGCUACACACACAUAACAUCAGCAAAAAUAACGACAGAACACAUAUAACAACAAUAAAUGGACCUGCAUUUGUAACAUAGAUAUGUUUAUUAACAUAAACUAGAAAGCACACAGUUUGCCGUGGCCAUGGUACAUGGGCGCAUAUACAAAUGAACAUAGGUUUUAUCAAAUAAUAGAAAUGCAUUUGUAACAUUAUGUCAUAAUGUAAAAAGAUCGGAUGCGUAUAUGUCAAAACAAAUUAUUUAUCUGGCAAAACAACAAAAAUAAUCCCAGUUUACAAGAUAAAUUAUACGGAUACUCUUAACUGGGAAUACGGAAUAUUUUCUUUCGAUGAACGUUCGGAUUUUUGAUACCAUUAGGUACUUUCCAUUGCAGUUUAAAUAUGCAUCAUCCAAAUAAUCUUAUUUUUUAUCAUGACAUAUCUUUAGAGUCUAUUUUAUUUGGUGAUUGAUGUCUACUCAAUUAUCUGCAAACACAUUUAUUGACGCAUGCUUUUCGGCGAAAUGAAUAACAAUAUUAGAAACAGUUACAAACAAAUAAAGUUGAGACCAUAUGUUGUAGUGGUAACUCAAGAUUAAAUAAGAAAUUUUAGUAGAUUAAAGCUCAAUAAAAAUUGAAGAAUAAUACUUUAAACCCCCAAAAAGAAAAACUAAACCUAUAGAUUCCGAUUUAUUUAUUGCAAACCUAGUGACGAGAAAAUAUGGUCCUAUGUUUGUGCCCUCGUGCUUCAACACGACAUACCAAAAUUCACAUCCUAUAAGUAAUCUCUGAAUUCUGUGGAUGAGAGUAUGCAAAUAUAUUGUUACCUGGUAAACUGUGAACGACGCACCUAGCGUAAUGCGCAGAUGCAAGAAAAUCAAUAUCCGUAAGGUUGAGCCUAGAAGAUCAAUACAAUACACUAGAGCUAACUUUAAUUAAGAUUAAACUAUAGAGAGUUAGCAGAUUUUCGAGAAUUAACUAUAUGGUAUAGAAAAUAACUUCGAUAUAAAAUUAACGUUUAAGCAGAUAAGUUUUAUAUUGUUGAAUCACAAUUCGCACCAAAAUAAGACGAUUGAUAAUUGAAAUACCUUCCAACUGUACUGGACUACGGUUCCGGGCUCCUUCGCAAAGAGGAUGCAAUCGGGACUUUAGCAGUAGGUAUAGUAUAAACAUCGUUAAAGAAAUUAGGUAAUGAGUAGCCCUAAUGUAUUGUAUUCCUUUCAAAUGUACGAAUCAACAGGAAAGUAUUAUACGACGUUAAACGUCGUACAAUAAACACGUUCAGCACAAAACUAGAGUGGCAAACUAUAUUGUAAGCAAUAUAUGAUUUCUGGAAGUGAAAGUAGUGCAUGUAGCCUAGAUACUCUGUUUUUCAUAUCUCUUAUGAACAGAACAAUUUUUAGAAUCAAUAUACAUCUGAAGACUGAAUGAUAACAACUUUUGUACAUUUUGUAAAUAGUUAUAGAUAUUCUUUUUCUAUUUAUUAAAACUUGAAAAUUUUACCAAAUAAGCAUGUAUACUCAAUAGUACAAAGUAUACUCGUAUAGAUUUAGACAUUUAUUACUUAAGAAGCAUGCAGGAAUUGUUAAGGAAAUAAAAUGUUUCGUAUUUUUGUAUUAAUGUAUUCCAAAAUCGCA